AUGGCGGAAUAUGCGCCGACCGCGGCCGACAUCCGCGACUUUGUCGAGAAUCUAGAGGCAGCGGCGGGGUUCGACAAUCCGAACCUUGGGGAGUGGUGGAACAUCAUCAUUUCCGUGCACACGAAUCUCAUACAUGCCAAUACACGAACGAUCAGACCCUUUGCCGAGUUCCACGGCAUACGAUCGCGUCACCGAAUCUUCGGGGCCAUUGCAUACGAAUGGCUUGUGCUGAAUUACAAGCAGGGAACGAUCAGAGAGGCCCUGGGCAGGAUCGGCCAUACCAAGCCUGGAAUGGCUACGACUGUCACCCAGGGCAUGGCGGCCCAUGAGCUGUCGGGGGAUGCGAGAAAGGUCCGCGUGCAGGGGGCCGACCAAAGCCCUUGCAAUACAAUCACAUCCCUGGCGGAAUUCUGGGCGGCAGAGGGCGCACUCAAGCGACGGUCGCACAGGCAACCGCUACCAUCAAGUAUUGCUGCUAUACAUCGAGAAUCAAAGCCCAUGACUCGAAGAUUGUUAACGCUGUCAAGGUGCAUGGCUGUCGGUUUUGUGACCGACAAGGCGCCGUCCUUGACCUUUGACCCAGUUGUAGGGUUUCGGCAGCUUUUGAUCGGUCGACAAAAUCCAGCUUUCCAGGGCAUUACGCAACUACGUUUCGGCAGGAAGGGAGCCGAACCCCGGUCGAGACGACGUCGCUUUGCAGCUUCUUUCGCUUGUCAUUUUGUGCCACUCUCGUCCAAAGCGACGCCCGACCAACCGACCGCGAUUGAGUGCUUGAUCGCCAGUGGCUCCAAAGACUCAGCAGCCUCGGCGUUAAGUCAAGUGUCGUAUUAUCUCAACCGCUUCUUCCAUCAUAUCAAUCUAUUGUCAUCCUAUCUGCCCGUUUUCAGCACACUCAAAGCAAAUGAUCGCAGCGAGGAGAUCACAGUAUCGAGAGGGAAUACCGCCGACAACAAGGCCAACACGAAAAUCGCCUUUCAGAGACAGCGCGACAGGCACGACAAGAACUUCACGAAGCUUCGCGAGCGUCUCAAGGAAGAUCAAGCCAGAAGCUCAGACUCUACAGUAUCAAAGUACGGGGCCCUUGCCAUUCCCAACAAAAUGGCUGACGUCGGUCCCACCAUCGAUGACAUCGAAGGCUUCGUUGCCGAGUUAGAAGCCGCCGCACAAGUGCAAGACCCACGUUUGAGCAUAUGGUGGGAUAUCAUUAAAAGCACGCCCCACUCCGGCACAACUGCGGAUAUCCCGCAGACGUACGCCGCUAUGCUGCCGCAUGUGCGGCAGAUGGCGGACGUACUGGUCGAUAGGUUAGUCAAGAUUGACAACGAUGGCAGCAAGCAAGUCAAGUUGUUCAAAUCAACGUCAGGCACAGUUUACGAACACGAGGCUUGGAAUAUUAUGUUCAUAGCUAUUGAUGCUCAAAAGGGGAAUCCAGGUGCUUACCCCUGGGCCACCAGUUUAUAUUGGAGGCGAUACGACACAUUUUCCGCGAGAUGGAACGAUCUUGUGGUAUUCGUGAGGGCUUCCAAGGGCGCAGUAGCGAACUUGUUGAUAUGUCCCCAUGCCAAUAGGUUUGCCUCCGAUCCCGCCUCGGAACUAGACAGAAAAAGGAUCAACAUAAAGGGUAACCUCGAAAAGGUCGCUAAAAGGACUGCGAUCGAAGCAGCUCUCGCACAACUCGAGACGGCCAUGGCGAACAACCCCGGAGCAAACAGCAACACCGAGGAUAAUGCCACGAUUCAGCCCGCCAUUUUGGACCAGGCUUUGCCCCAGCCUGUCGCCCAAGAGAGCAAUGUUGCGGAGCAUUAUGCCCCGAUUGAGAGCGAUGACGACAAUGAUGACUAUGAAGAUGACGGCGACAAUGACUCGGAAAUCAGAGUUUCCGACAAAGUGUUUGUUGGAGUGGUAAAGGAGCUUGACGAGGAAGAGGAGGCCGCUGACGAAGAAAGUGCGGAUGUUGUCGACGCCGACGAGGAUCCCAACGACGAGGAUUCUGACGAUAUUCAUGGCCUUGGUGGACGGAUUGAGAGUCGAGAGUUCAUUGCUGAGACCGAGAGUGGACAUGCGUUGCCUAUGCAUCCGAUGGCCGCUCCAGUUGCUGCUGGUCACACUGGUGGUGUCGAUCGCAUGGAGAUCUUGCCAAGCGCUCCCGAGCAUCCAAGUGGUGGCCUACAAGCCAGCGAUGCUUCAGCUCGGCCGUUGCCCGCAGGCUAUCAGCACCGUAUGAACAACAACUCUAUAUUCAACCAGGCUAUCACUGAUCAGUUCAGCGAGGAUCAUGAUAGCCUCAUGGCCGAGUCUUCUACCACCCAUGACGUCGACGAAGAGAAUGUCGCCUUCUCAGAGAACAUGCAAGUGUAA